GGCAGCGGCUGCGGCUCGGGCGUCUCGGAGCCUCGGCCCCCCACGAUCGGUUCCCGCGGGACAGCCGCGGCCCUCGGCCGGGCGACGCGGCCCACGGGGCAUCCUGCGGCGCGGCGGUGGCUGCAGCCUUGCCCUUCUUCGUCCUCUUGAAGAUGGAGAAGAUGGCCGUGGGAUGCUUGCUGCUGCUUCUUGGACAGCUGCCCUUCUUCCUGCCCACAGCAGCCAGAGAGCGGCCCCACCCCAGGUCCUUCUCUAGAGGCAGACACGCUCGGACCCACCCCCAGACGGCGCUCCUGGAGAGCUCCUGUGAGAACAAGCGGGCAGACCUGGUCUUCAUUAUUGACAGCUCCCGCAGUGUCAACACCUAUGACUAUGCGAAGGUCAAGGAGUUCAUCGUGGACAUCUUGCAGUUCCUGGACGUUGGUCCCGAUGUCACCCGAGUGGGCCUGCUCCAGUAUGGCAGCACAGUCAAGAACGAGUUCUCCCUGAAGACCUUCAAGAGGAAGUCUGAGGUGGAACGAGCCGUCAAGAGGAUGAGGCAUCUUUCCACAGGCACCAUGACGGGGCUGGCCAUCCAGUACGCCUUGAACAUCGCCUUCUCAGAGGCAGAGGGGGCCCGGCCCCUGCGGGAGAAUGUGCCCCGGGUCAUAAUGAUUGUGACAGAUGGGAGGCCUCAGGACUCAGUGGCUGAAGUGGCUGCCAAGGCCCGGGACACCGGCAUCCUGAUCUUUGCCAUUGGCGUGGGCCAGGUGGAUCUCAAUACGCUGAAGGCCAUUGGGAGUGAGCCCCAUGAGGACCACGUCUUCCUAGUGGCCAACUUCAGUCAGAUCGAGUCGCUGACCUCUGUGUUCCAGAACAAACUGUGCACGGUUCACAUGUGCAGCAUCCUGGACCACAACUGUGCCCACUUCUGUAUCAACACCCCUGGCUCCUAUGUCUGCAGGUGCAAACAAGGGUACAUUCUCAACUUGGAUCAGAAGACUUGCAGAAUCCAGGAUUUGUGUGCCACGGAGGACCAUGCCUGUGAGCAGCUCUGUGUGAAUGUGCCUGGUUCCUUUGUCUGCCAAUGCUACGGUGGCUACACUUUGGCUGAGGACGGGAAAGGGUGUGUGGCUGUGGACUACUGUGCCUCGGAAAACCACGGGUGUGAACACGAGUGUGUCAAUGCUGAGAACUCCUACUUGUGCCGCUGCCACCAAGGAUUUGCUCUGAAUCCAGAUAAGAAGUCCUGCACAAAGAUAGACUACUGUGCCUCUCCUAGUCACGGAUGCCAGCAUGAAUGUGUCAACACCGCUGAUUCUUAUACCUGCCGCUGCCUGAAAGGCUUUACUCUGAAUCCAGACAAGAAAACCUGCAGGAGGAUCAACUACUGCGCGCUGAACAAACCAGGCUGUGAGCACGAAUGUGUCAACACAGAGGAGGGCUACUACUGCCGUUGCCGCCGCGGCUACACCCUGGACCCCAACGGCAAGACCUGCAGCAGGGUGGACCACUGUGCACAGCAGGACCACGGCUGUGAGCAGCUGUGCCUGAACAUGGAGGACUCCUUCGUCUGCCAGUGCUCUGAGGGCUUCCUCAUUAACGACGACCUCAAGACCUGCUCCCGAGUGGACUAUUGCCUGCUCAGUGAUCACGGUUGUGAAUAUUCCUGCGUCAACACAGACAAGUCCUUUGCCUGUCAGUGUCCCGAAGGACAUAUGCUCCGUAGCGAUGGGAAGACCUGUGCAAGGAAAGAUGUGUGCCAAGCUGUGGCCCAUGGCUGUGAGCAUCUUUGUGUGAGCAAUGGCGAGUCAUACACUUGCAAGUGCCUGGAGGGAUUCAGACUCACCGAGGAUGGAAAACGCUGCAGAAAACUGGACCCCUGUGCUUUGGGGGACCAUGGCUGUGAACAUUUGUGUGUCAGCAAGGAAGACUCCUUCGUGUGCCGGUGCUUUGAGGGGUAUACCCUCCGUGAGGAUGGGAAAACCUGCAGGCGGAAGGAUGUCUGCAAAUCCACCCAGCACGGCUGCGAACACAUUUGUGUGAACAGCGGCGACUCCUACGCCUGCAAGUGCUCCGAGGGCUUCGUCCUCGCUGAAGAUGGAAGGCGCUGCAAGAGAUGCACUGAAGGCCCCAUUGACCUGGUCUUUGUGAUUGAUGGAUCCAAGAGCCUAGGAGAGGAGAAUUUUGAGAUUGUGAAGCAGUUUGUUACUGGAAUUAUAGAUUCCUUGGCAGUUUCCCCCAAAGCUGCUCGAGUGGGGCUGCUCCAGUAUUCCACACAGGUCCGUACAGAGUUUACCCUGAGAAAUUUCAGCUCAGCCAAAGACAUGAAGAAAGCUGUGGUCCACAUGAAAUACAUGGGCAAGGGCUCCAUGACGGGCCUGGCAUUGAAACACAUGUUUGAGAGAAGUUUCACACAAGUGGAAGGGGCCCGGCCCCUCUCCACACGGGUUCCCAGAGUGGCCAUCGUGUUCACGGAUGGACGGGCUCAGGAUGAUGUCUCCGAGUGGGCCAGUAGAGCCAAGGCCAAUGGUAUCACUAUGUAUGCCGUUGGGGUAGGAAAAGCUAUUGAGGAAGAACUGCAAGAGAUUGCUUCAGAGCCCACUGACAAGCACCUCUUCUAUGCAGAAGACUUUAGCACAAUGGGCGAGAUAAGUGAAAAACUGAAGCAAGGCAUCUGCGAAGCUCUAGAAGAUUCGGAUGGAAGACAGGACUCUCCAGCAGAGGAAUUUCCAUACCAGCCAACAGACUCUGAGCCAGUCACCAUAAAUAUCCGAGACCUACUUUCCUGUUCUAAUUUUGCAGUGCAACAUAGAUAUCUGUUCGAAGAAGACAAUCUUUCAUGGUCUACGCAUAAACGGUUCCAUUCAACCAAAUCUUCAGGAAUCCCUUUGGAAGAAAAACAGGACCAGUGCAAAUGUGAAAACCUCAUCAUGUUCCAGAACCUUGCCAAUGAAGAAGUAAGAAAACUAACCCAGCGCUUAGAAGAAAUGACAGAGAGAAUGGAAGCCUUGGAAAACCGCUUGAGAUACAGAUGAAGACUAGAAAUGCUCUACAUUUGUUAUUAUAUCAGAGAUUACAGUGAAAGCUGCUCACAACUCCAUGGUUCAGGCUGUAGUUGUCUAUGAAAACACAACCAGCACGGAGAAAGCUGAUACUCCACACAACAAAGACAAAAUGUAGACACUAACUUGUAUAAAGUUUAUUUCAGACAAAACAUCCUGCAGAAUUCUAAGAUGGGUUUACUGUAAGAAUAAAUAAGCUAUGCAAGGUA